GGUCCAGAUAUUUUCGUUUACAGACUCGGUAAACUUCAAUUUACGACUCAAAAUUCUCGGUAAAUUAUACCGAAUUUUACCCGUUUAGCGAGCGAAAAUUGGACAAAAAUGAGUCGGACGGCGUACCAGGGUAGUGGAGACGUAAAACUCGAGCAUCAUAAAGUCAAAUGGGAUCCAAAAACCUUGGAAAUUCGGACUCAUUCCGUGGAGAAAGCUCUCGAACCGCUUGUUCACCAAGUGACAACACUCGUCAACCAACCUAAAAAGAAGGGUGCCAAAGUUGGUAAGUCCAAGAAUGCCCACAAACUUGCACAAGAUAUUGAGGAUGCUACUGUUCGUCUGAUUAAGACUGGAGAGACAAUUGCUCAGGACUUUCCAGAGAUCAGAGAGGAAAUGCUAGCUGCCUGCAAGGACUGUAGAGGAGCUGGUGACACCAUGCGGUUUGGUGCCAAAGAGUUUGCAGAUGACCCUUGUUCUUCAUCCAAGAGAGCAAACAUGAUCCGUGCUGCAAGAGCACUGCUUUCUGCUGUUACUCGUUUGUUGUGUGUGGCUGACAUGGCUGAUGUGUAUCGUUUGCUUGCUUCCCUGAAAUUGGUGGAGAGAAGACUGAAGGACCUUGAGGGAGUAAACAACACUGCCGAUCUUCUGAACUCCUUCAAGAAUCUUGGAAAUGACUUAAUGGAUCUUGCCAAACUAUCAGGGAAACGUCAAGCUGAUCUCAAAGAUCCCCUUAGGAGAGAUGAAAUGGCUGCUGCAAGAGCAAAACUGAAGGAUGCCAGCAAGAUGUUGUUGUCUUCAUCAAAGGCCUAUGUGCAUCACCCAGAUGUUGGUUCUGCCAAAGCCAAUCGGGACUUUGUCAUCCAGCAAAUGAAUGAAGCAGUGAGGUCCAUUUCUGGUACUGCACAGGCAACAGGUCCAAGUCAACCUCAUCCCAUGGAGAUGCCUGGAGCUCUGGCCGCAGCUCUGGAUGACUUGGAUUCUCAACUUGCCAUGGACCCUGCAUCGUACACUGAGAAGCGCACUCGUCCAUCCCUUGAGGAUCGUCUGGAGAAGAUUAUCAGCGGUGCUGCAAAACUUGCAGAUUCUGUUUGUACGAGGGAUAACACAAGAGAUAACAUUAUUGCUGAGUGUAAUGCCGUGAGACAAGCUCUGCAGAACCUUCUGUCAGAGUAUAUGAGCCAUUCAUCAGGCAAAAAGAAGCACACACCAGGUGGCCCACUGGACCAAGCCAUUGAGGACAUGUGUAACAAGACCAGGAACUUGAGAGGAAAGUUAAACCAAGCUGUGAUGGAUAACAUAUCCGAUGCCUUCCUGGAAACCACCCUACCACUGCUGAUGAUGAUAGAGGCAGCCAAGGCUGGUAAUGAGAGAGAGACUGAAGAAUGUGCCAAGCUGUUUAUGAACCAUGCUGCCAAACUUGAAGAGGUUGCUGAACUCGCUUGUUCCAUGUCGAAUAACCCUGAGAAAGUAAAGAUGGUACGAAUAGCAGCAAAACACAUCCAUGCACUUGCCCCACAGGUAGUGAAUGCUGCUCGCACACUCGCUGCUCGACCUCACAGCCAAGUAGCUUUGGAAAACAUGGCUGUCUUCAAAGACGCAUGGGAAAAACAAGUUCGUGUGCUUACUGAGGCAGUCGAUGACGUCACAAAUAUCGAUGACUUCCUCGCAGCAUCAGAGGCACACAUUCUCGAGGAUGUCAACAAAUGUGUCCAAUCCCUCCAGGACAGGGAUCCCGAGUCUCUGGAUCGCACAGCUGGGUCGAUUAGAGGACGAGCACAGCGGGUAGAUGAAGUGGUUACAGCCGAGAUGGAGAACUACCAAAAGGGACCGUACACCGACAAUGUUAAUAGAGCUGUUAAGGCCAUGAGAGAAGAAGUGAUGCCCAACUUCGCCAGAUCUGUGGAGAUUUCUGCUACUUCACUUGCUAAAGACCCAUACGGUGACCACGAGGAAGCGAAAUUUGUUGACGCUUCAAAACUCGUAUAUGAAGGAAUCAGAGACAUCAGGCGAGCUGUACAAGCUGGCAAGCGAGGUACAGCGGGCACUCCUCCAAUCGCAGAUGAAGAUGCAGCAGCCCUGUUCGCUGAGGCUCAGGCAAAAGCAAGAGAACAAGCAGCGUAUGAACAACUCAAGGCAAGCGGUAAAGUACAAUUUGCGCUACGUGCCGAGGGUGGUGAUGACGAGGGAGGCCUUGGACGAGCUUCAAUCCUAGUAAAUGGAACAGAAUAUUGCCCCAAUAAACCAGGACACAACAUUGUCGUACUGGACCCUACUGGCGAGAUUGUACAUGUCAAGAACUUCAAUACGAAUGCAGGACAAGGACCUGACAUGGCGAAGUUCCUGGAAGAGCUUCCUGAUGAUCACGUGGUCUUGGUUGCUACUAACAACGUUACUGGAAAAGAACAAGGAAAUAACGCCAUUGUGGCAGGCAAAGCCUUCGAGAAGAUUGGCUUCACAGGGGAUUUGGACCCCGGGUACAAGGGAUCGUUCGCGUUUGCCGGGUGUACGGGACCAAAGAAACGUUACUGGUCAUCAGCCGAGAUUCGACCUCGCUACCGGGGACCUGCUAUCGUCGCUCAGAUUAUCCCAACACCGGCUGCGCAAGCAGGUCAAAUCAAGGUCGCUAUUGUAGCCGAGGGAGCAGAUGAUCCUAAUGCUACAGGCAGAACGUCAGUGAAGGUCAAUGGCGUAGAAAGGUCGCCGUUACAGAGAGGACACAAUGUUGUCAUCCUUGACAACGCGGGAAAUUUCAUCAUGGCAACACACUUCGAUACGGCAGAUACGACGAAGGGGGAGGGAGUGAAAAUGGCUCGAUUUAUUGAAAAUAUUCCCAAGGAACGAAUGGUAUUGAUGGCGACUCAAGGAACGACAGGUACCUCCGUCAACGAUGCCAAAGCAGCUUUACAAACUAUCGGUGCGACUGGCAACCCUCACCCAGGAUUCCACGCCUCCUGGGCAUUCGUCGGCUACACUGGUCCAGAGAAGGUGAAAUGGGCCAAAACAGUGACACAGCCUCGAUACAAGGGACCAUCUAUCAUAAAUGAAAUGAUUACAACACCCUCCGCUGAACUGGAAAUCAGUCAGUUAGAAUCAGAGCAGACGUUCUCUGAUUACGAACCAGUGUCUGACUAUGAAGGAGCCGGUGCUUACUCAGAAUACGAAGAAACCGAGGACGACACAACAAAGAGCUUAUCGAAGAAGAGUACACGAUCUUUGUUCAGAGCCUUACCUGAAGCCGAGAAAAUCAAAAUCGCUGAGUUAGCCGAGGGAUUGAAUGAACAAAAAUUUGCCCUCGAACGAGAACUGACCAAAUGGGACGAGGCUGGGAAUGAAAUCAUUGUUCUUGCUAAGAAGAUGUGCAUGAUGAUGAUGGAGAUGUCUGACUUCACAAGAGGAACCGGUCCACUGAAAACAACCAUGGACGUCAUUGAAGCAGCCAAGAGAAUCGCUAAGAGUGGAAACAAGAUGACAAAGCUUGGAACAGCGAUUGCUGAGCGAUGUCCGGAUUCAAGCUCUAAAAACGACUUGAUGGCGUACAUUCAGCGUAUCGCCUUGUUUUCUCAUCAACUGACCAUCACUAGUCGUGUCAAGGCCGAUGUACAGAUGAUCAGUGGUGAACUUGUCGUCUCUGGACUUGACAGUGCUACAUCGCUGAUCACAGCCGCCAAGAACCUCAUGAACGCUGUCAUCCUUACCGUAAAGGCUUCGUAUGUAGCAUCUACCAAGCACAAGUCUGGAAGCGUCAAGGCACCUGUCGUCCAAUGGCACAUGCGCGCACCCGAAAAGAAACCGCUAGUCAAUCUCGAAGCCGAAGACAGCAGAAUAACGAGCCUCCAACGAUCACAACAAAUCAGGCAGGAAUCACCCAUCCAAGCACUGAGUGAAUUCGACACCUCUCAACAGAAGAGAACUCGUGAUUUUUACUAGAUUGGAUUUUGCUGCUCCAUGAAUACUAACUUUUUUGUAAUAUAGAUUAGCGGGUAAAAAUGUGUGGCUAAAAUCACUAAAAUAAUAAUAAUUUAAACCUAAAAAAUUCACGAAAUAUUUUUUGUACUUGGUAAGAAUGAAAUUAGUUUAAGAAAAACGAGGUAAAUUGUAGAUAGUAGUUAGUAACUUUAAAAAACGUUUUUAACGACUUCGCGGUAUGGUUAAGAUGUGCGAGUGAAGUUGUUUCUUGCUCAGAUGGUGCUAUUUGUUUUCUACAGCAUUAAAAAUCGAAAUAAAGCAUAGUAAAAAAAAUGUG